AUGUCAGCUAACGGGAAUAAUAUUCCAGCAUCAACCUCAAUCGAAAUUAUAUGGAAGGUUUUGGAAGAAGGAAUAGACCAGAUCAUGAGUAAACUAGAGAAAGGGUUGAACUAUAAAAAAUAUAUGGAAUUAUAUACGUAUCCUUUUGCUAAAGGAUUGGGUCAGAGGCGUGUCCUGUAUCGGAAUGUAAUGGAAAAGCGUAGUAAUCUACAUUAUAGAAAUUGGAUGGGAGAAAGUAUGGCUGAUUAUUGUGGAAUCUAUAAUUACUGCGGUGAUGCUCUAGGUGCAAGAUCAAAGGGAGGCGACCUAUAUAAUCGUCUGCAGGAUUAUCUUGAAAGAUACCUUGAUAAAAUCAGAAAGGACUCGGAACAACUCGCGGACGAGAAUUUAUUACAAUAUUAUGCAAAACAGUGGGAGAAAUAUACGGCUGCAUCGACUUAUCUAAACCAUGUAUUCAGAUUUCUUAACCGUCAUUGGGUGAGACACAAAGUCGAUGAGGGAGACAAAAAUAUAUAUGAUGUCUACACGCUUGCUCUUAUCAGCUGGCGCGAAAACGUAUUCAACCAUGUUCAGCAUCAGGUGACAGCAGCCGUGUUAAAGUUGAUCGAGAAAGAGAGGAACGGAGAGAUGGUUGAUGUUGGGUUAAUAAAAUCUGUUGUAGGUUCAUACGUUUCUCUUGGACUCGAAGAUAGUGACUCAUCGCUUGAAGUAUACAAAACACACUUUGAAUUGCCAUUUAUUGAGGCCAGCCAAGCAUACUAUAGGGCAGAAUCAGGGAAAUUACUCGAGAAGCAUAAUAUCACAGAUUAUAUGAAAAAGGUUGAGGCAAUAUUAUCUGGAGAGCAAGGCCGUGUUGUGUCAUACUUGAAUCCAAAUACCGAAAAACCGCAUCUUAGCGCUUGCGAAGCUAUACUCGUUAAAGAACACAUGAACAUUAUGUGGACGGAAUUUCAGGAUUUACUCGACAUGAAUAAACUCGAUGAUUUGGGAAUAAUGUAUUCUCUUCUGUCGCGCAUUCCAGGAGGAUUAAAUCCAUUAUGUACGCAAUUUGAAGAAUAUAUGCGAAAACAAAUGCGGCCUGGAAUGACCGUGACGGCCCUAAUUCAAGUUUAUGCAAAAAAUUCCGACAUAGUCCGGACAGCCUUUCAUGGGGAUGAAGAGUUUGUUGCUUCAUUGGACAAGGCGUGUCGUGAAUGCUGCAUGUAA